ACAACAACAGUCUGAAAAGUAACCUGGAGUAUGUACUUUGCUUGUACUUUAUUAUACUUCAUGUCGUAGGCGUUUUAAGCAGUCUGAGCUCAUAGUUAUAUCCUGUGGACUGUGUGUGAACAAAAGUCUUGGGCAGAACGUCAGUGCCUCUCAAAUAAAGCUUCUCUCCAUGGGUUCUCGUCUAAGACCUUACAUGACUGAUUAUGGACCUUUGAUUCUCGACGGUGGCCUAGCAACCGAGCUGGAAGCGCAAGGAACUAAUUUACAGGGAGAUCCGUUGUGGAGCGCCAGGCUUUUGCAAACUAAUCCUCAGGCCAUAAGAGAUGCUCAUUACAGGUUCCUCCUCAGUGGUGCUGAUGUGAUCACCACAGCUACAUACCAGGCAAGCAUUGAAGGAUUCAUCGCUCAUCUGGAUGUGAGCUCUGAAUGUGCCAGAGAGCUGCUGAUGUCUGGAGUUCAACUGGCCAAAGAGUCAGUAAACAGAUUUGUCUCUGACAGCCGUCCAACAGAGCAGAGACGUCCUCUGGUGGCAGGCUCUGUUGGACCAUACGGGGCUUUUCUGCACAACGGCUCAGAGUACACUGGGGCCUAUGCAGAGGAGAUGAGUGUUGAGGAGCUUAAAGUUUGGCAUCGGCAGCAGGUUGAUUGCUUAGCAGCAGCAGGAGCUGAUCUCGUCGCUUUUGAGACCAUUCCAAGUCUCAAAGAGGCGGAGGCUCUGGUGGAACUGCUGAGAGAGUUCCCAAACUCUAAAGCCUGGCUCUCCUUCUCCUGUAAGGAUGGGAGGUGUAUAUCAGACGGCAGCCUGUUCACAGAUGCAGUGCAGAUUGCUAACAGAUCCAUGCAGCUGGUCGCUGUAGGGGUGAACUGCUGUCCUCCAGCCCUGGUGGAACCGCUGCUGGACUCUGCCAGGUCCCUGCUGAGCCCAGACUUGAGCUGGGUGGUGUACCCUAACAGUGGAGAGGAGUGGGACACCGAGCAGGGGUGGCUGACAUCAGGGAAGACAUCAGCAUCCAUACCUGAACUCUGUCAUACGUGGAUGAAGCAAGGCGCUGCUUUGAUCGGAGGCUGCUGCCGUAUCGGUCCUGCUCACAUUACAGAGUUACGACAACAGUUAAAAGGACGUUGCUCUCCUGCCUCUGCAGUGUGACUGGACUGAAAGUGUAAUGGUGAUUGUUCUCAGGAAAGACUUCGUCUUCCA